AUGGCGGCAUGGGCGGAUGACUUCGAUCCCGUGCUCGAGGACGCAUUUGCUGACGAAGCAUCAGCUCCCUUUGAAGACGCGGCGGAUGGCCGCGCAGCCAACAAUGACAAGCUGGCCUGGGAAAAUGCCAAGACUGUUGUUGAAACCAUCACCGACAGCGAGAACAAGCGGUACGAAAUUGUGAAGAAGGUCCGGACCUACCAUGUGGAUCGCCCCGUCACAGUUGUAGAUAUCCGCGCCAAAUGGAAACCCUUUGGUAAGAGCAGCGAUAAUAAUCAGGACCUCGUCUCACGGGACCCUCCUAUUGUGUUAGAGUUGGGCGAAAUUGACCCAUUUGAACGCGUGGCGCGUGACGAAGUAGUGCGCCUUAUGAAUGAGGUGGAACGUAUGAAGAUGGAUGUCACCGACCCCCGCCUGGCCCGCUUUGCGAAAAUCAAGGAGGAACAAGAGAAGGCUGCACAGUUGGAGGACGCGCAGACAAAUCAGCCGAAGGAGCGUACAUGGGCCGCUGCUAGGGGCGAAAAGACCUCGGCGCAGCGCAGCGAAGACACCGAUCGUCGGCUGCGCAUCACAAACAUCUCAGACGACAUUACUGUGGAUGAGCUUUACAACAUCUUCCACACCAGCGAGUACCGAAUUGAGAAGUUGUUCCUUCCCACAGAUAGGGAAACGAAGAACUACCGAGGGUUUGCCUUUAUUACAUUUGAAACCCCUGAGCAGGCGGAACGGUGCCUUAAGAAGACUAAGGGUGUGGCACGUUUUAAGAAUACGGUGAUGCACAUCGUGCGCGCCCUCCCGGAAGCUGAGCGAAAGCGGCUUUGA